AUGGCUGCAAAUACUCGAUACCAGCCCGCUCCACAGCGAGACUCUAUCGAGGACCCUCCCUUCACCCAAGAACCGCCGUCUUAUCAGGCCACAGCGGAUCCGGCCCCACGAUCAGAGAACGAUAAUCUGCCUGAUGACUUCAAAUUCGGUGGUACCGUGGCCGAGGGGACGAUCGAUAUCCGUAUGCAAUUCGUUCGCAAGGUCUACUCCAUCCUGACUGCUCAAAUUCUCCUCACAACUAUCCUCAGCUCUAUCUCGUUCUUCAACGCCAGUUACCGAGGCUGGAUCCAAUCAAAUUUCUGGCUCAUGAUCAUCUCUGUCUUCGGUGCCUUGGGCUUCAUGCUAGCAACCUACUGGAAGCGCAAGUCUUAUCCAGCGAAUCUGCUCUUUCUAUCUGGAUUUACUCUCUUGGAAGCAUACUCGAUCAGUGUGGCGACAUCCUUCUAUGAUGCGCGAGUCGUUAUCCAAGCACUUGUCCUAACUCUGGGCAUCUUUGUCGCGCUAACCCUAUUUGCAUGCCAAACCAAAUAUGACUUUACUAACUGGAUGCCGUAUCUAUUUGGUGCUUUGUGGUUCAUGGUCCUCUUUGGAUUUGUGGCGAUGUUCAUUCCGUUCGGCAGUACUAUGGAGAUUAUUUACGGUGUACUUGGGGCCUUAAUUUUCUCCGGCUACAUCCUGGUUGAUACGCAGCUCGUUAUGCGCCACUAUCACGUUGAGGAGGAAAUCGCUGCUUCCAUCUCGCUGUACCUUGAUGUGCUGAACCUGUUCAUGUCCAUCCUGCGCAUCUUGAAUGCAUCUAACAAUAACUAA